AUUAGUAUUUUGGGAUGACUUCAUUAGUUUGUGUUUGAAUUUGGAAUUGGAAUGAUGAAGUUUUCCUUGAUUUUCCUGCUGGCCUGGGGCUCUGUUUUUCUGGGCAGCACCCACACUUUGGUUCGAAUAAAGAAGUCAGAGAUUGGCUUAAAAUCACUGGAGGAGCUACUGGUAAUCAGAAAGGCUUUGGAUCACCAGGCGCUUAGGCUGAGGGGAUUGGAAAUUAAUCUUCAUCAUGUGUUGAGCAAGGUGGUCUUUCUUUCCGAUGCGGAUGUGCAUGCACCCCGGAGAUUCUCUGCUAGGGCAGAUCCAUUAUUCGACCUAUCGCAGCGUCUAUAUAAAUUGCUUGAGCGACUCGACUAUUUGGAAAGCACCCAAGUUCUUGAAAAUAUCGCUAAGAAAUUGGAGAACUUAGGACAGCAAUGUCUGAGAAAUACCUCCAAUACCCCGGAAAGUUCUUUAAAUGAGACCUCAGAAACCAGAAAUGUGCCCAAAGUUGACUUUGACCAGCCCGACAAAUCGGAUUGUUUUGAGCUGGAUGAAGAUGUUCGGGUGGAUGGCGUCUAUAGGUUUCUAGUUCCCGAACGAAAUGAACUGCACCGAGAUUUGCACGAGCGGUAUUGCGCUUUUGCCACAGAUGGUCCCGCUUGGACUGUGAUUCAGAACAGGAACGUCUCCUUCAAUCCUCCCGAGAACUUCAACCGCAGCUGGGAUGAGUAUCGCGCUGGAUUUGGCAACCUAUCGCGGGAUUUCUGGUUUGGCAACGAAUUCACGCACAAGAUUCUUUAUCGCGAUGAUCACGAACUGCGGGUGGAGUUGCAGGAGGAUCAGGAGCCAGUGGAGUGGGCGGAGUAUCCACUUUUCCGGCUGGACAGCGAGGCGUACAACUAUCAGCUUUCGGUUGAAGGUGGAUUCCGGGGUUCGCUGCCAGAUGCUCUGGGGAAGCACAAUCUGAUGGAUUUCACUACGUACGAUCAAAGAACGAAUCUCGGGACGUCCGGAGAUACCAAAUGUGCGGAAAACUACGGCGGAGGUUGGUGGCUCGAUCACUGUUCACAAUCGAAUCUGAACGGAGAACAUGGUGUCCACCAGAGACUAGUUCCAGCUAUCAUCUGGUCGACUUGGCGAAUCGGCACCGACAAGCCCAAAUCAUCGCGGAUGAUGAUACGACCCGUAAAUCCUAUCCCAGGUGGAAACUUUUACGAGGAUUAAACGGCGGCGAAAUGGGAAAUUUAAAUGCCACUCAACAAAUGUUGCUCGUAUUUCUGGAAACAAACGUUACCGAUAGGUAUCGAAUCCACUUGCACUUUUAUUUUUGGCCAACUCUUAAUUUGUUUUUGUUUAAUUACG